GUGAAAAGUACUUUUUCAAAAAAAAUGUUGAUUUCUCACAUUUUUUUACUGUGUAGUUUCAUCUUUUCACAAAGUGUUCAUGUACGGGCAGAAGAAGAAAUUCAUUGUUUAGGCAUAUCAAUGAAGGUAUAUGAGGAUAUAAAAUCAUUUUUCCAUAACAUUUUGGGCAAAAAGACCGAAAAAGAAGACAUACGUUUUUAUUUCGCUUCUCGAAAUCAUCCCGAAUACGUUACGUAUAAUUAUGGCGAUGAGUUAGAUCUUGAUGCAGUGCAUUUUGCCAUGCAUCGCGAUACUUAUGUUAUCAUUCACGGUUUCUUGUCAAAAGGUACAGAAAAUUGGGUGCGAAACAUGAAAGAUGCACUUUUAAAAUAUAAUGACGCCAAUGUAAUAGUUGUCGAUUGGGAAAAAGAUAGUAAUACAUGGAACUAUGCAGAUGCUGUUGAACAUGCAAAAGUCGUGGGUAAAGCUGUAGCCGAAUUUCUAGCCACGGUCAGACAUCAAGCAGCAGUUGACAAUAACGAUACAAUUCAUGUGAAAGGAAAAUUAACUAUCAUUGGGCACAGUUUAGGGGCUCACAUCAGUGGCCGCGCUGCGCACCUAUUGAAAAAGUUGCCGAAAACUUGGAGAGUAUCAAGAAUAGUAGGUUUGGAUCCAGCACAACCUUGCUACAGAUUGAAAAAUCUGGAAUAUAGGCUUGACAAAUCUCACGCCGAUUACGUCGACAUCAUCCAUACUAAUGCGGCUCCCUUACAAAAAGCUGGAUUAGGUUUACCCGAAGCAAUUGGGCAUGUUGAUUUUUACCCUAAUGGAGGAAGUUUCCAACCAGGAUGUGUCCAAAUGGCAACGAUAUUUGACGAGGCUAAAUGCAGUCACGGGCGCUCUCACGAAAUUUUCACUGCUUCGAUAUUAGCAGCAGUUGAAAAAACUUGCGAGUUCCAAGCUUACAAGUGGAACUUAAAAAUUGAUGAUUUAGAUAAUGUAAUUCAACAAAGAAACAGCCUCGACAAGGCGGCAAUAAUGGGUAUUAAAUCGACUGAAAAUCCUCCGAGCGUAGUUGGAACAUAUUUUGUUCCGACAGGCUCUGAACCUCCAUAUUGUAAUGUAGGCAAUAAACAAAUGGCAGAGAUUAUAGACGAAAUUAAGUCUGGUGUACUAGAAUAAACGAUAACGAUUCAAGUGUC